CUGUGAUGUCACAGGGUUGGCCAGUUUAAAGCGUAGGUGUCACUGGUCGACGUCAUCGUAAGUAAAUAUAGUUAUGCCUGUGCACGAGUUAGAAGAAGCCUUGACUUAAGCAUCUAGGUCUUGUGUGUUAUGACACAGGAAUUCAUUUAAUGACGUUAAGGUUGUUUUGCAAAGGACGGACCUGCAUCUCCGCUGCAAUUCGUGGUUUAUGGCAGAAGCGGAUAUGCAUCCGUUCAGAUUUCCUUGCCCAGCAUAGAAAAGCGUAACCCCAACGUAAUAUACUUCAAGAUCGUAUCCGUUAAAAAUUUGUUGCUAAUGUGUGACUGAAAACAACGAUUCUGCUAGUUCUGGCGGCGAUGAUGUUGACUAUUUUCUCGGUUUGUAUUUGGAUUCUAUGGAAUGGAUAGCGUCAAUCCGCCUCGAUGGCGCGAAUCCAGACAAUCGAUACUCUGGGGUAAGGAAAUGAAAUAAAAGGUCACAACCUUGCAACCGCGGACUCCAUCGGCCCAAUUGCAUAACUCAGGUUUUCAUCUGACGAAACAAAAGAGAACUAUUCUAAUUGCGCGCUCAAGCUUGUCAGUAUCAUCUUACACUCCACUAUCGUAUGUUGUUUGUUUAAAGUCGUUCUCUUUUAGCUGCGUUACAUCACCAGUUCUGAGCUCUAUUGAAAAGGUAUGUUACUCUGUGGAAUUGUACAUUGCCGUUUCAUUGAGAAGGAAGCCCAUAAAGUACUUUUCGUACGUGCAGUUCAAAGUAGUAACAGUGGAACAUACGAAAUUAUAUAGACGAACUUCAACACAUAAUGUUAUUCGAGCAAGAAGAAAACGAUCUCCAAGUGAACGACGUGGUAAUGCAGGAACCUGCUCCUAGUCCCAUCGAUAGCGAUUACUUUAGCGAAACUGAUGAAGAUUCACCCGUGGAUGGCCAAGAAGAAAACAACCCAAGUGACCCAGUCGUUUGUUCGGUUUCGGAUGAUUGGAUAGAACUGGACUUGUCAAUGGACUCUUUGCGGUCGCUAGGUUUCCUAAGCGAUAUUGAUUUUCAAGCCGUUUUGGAAUCUUUCGCAGAGUUCACGAGUCAUCAGUUACGUUUGGGCGUGUCUAGUCCGAGGGAAAUGGAAGGUUUGCUAAGAAAUCAUUUUGCAUAUCUUUUAUGGCGUCGCACCGUAUUCACCAAGCUUCGUCAGCUACCACCAGUCACAGCGGAAGCGGAACAGCUAAACCACUUUCUCGGCAAUAAGUGGUACGAGGACACAGAGAUGAUGGCAGAUAAUAGAGAACGGUUCAAGAGUUUGGUAGAUGCAACUACCGUGCCCCAAUUGAUUAUCUCUACCAUUCAAUCUUACUUCCGUAAACGACAACCCGAGAGAACGGCAAGGGAUGUCGUUUACCAAAAUAAGAGACCCCGCAGAAAUUAAAGUUUAAUUCUCGUUAGAUUAUUUAUUCGUUUUCAAAGCAUACGGAACUUACUUUCGAUAAUCUUAAUUAACCAAAAGAGAGAUUCUAUCAUUUUUAUGUAUUUUCCUAUUUAUUUAUGUAUUUUUUUUUCAAUUCUACGAGUAUUUUCAAGUAUCUAUUACGGUCGCUCAUUUAUCUAUGCACAAUUAUCUUACUUGAUGUGUGUGAAAGAUUUCACAAUGUUAUUAUUAACAAUCACGCAAAAUUGUUCUAAUUUCACUAUUAAGCUUUUAACUGCAUUUCGUUAAGAUAACUGUUCUUAUUUUCUUUUCGCUUCUCCAUUUUAAUUAUUUUUCAAUAUUAUAAUACAAUACUUUAUUAUACAAA